AUGAAAGGAGCGAUUGAAUGUUUUAGUGAUUUUUUAUAUCUUGAGUGUUAUCUGUAAUAUCAGAAAACUUAUUAAUUAUUGUAGAGCUUGGAUUUUAGAAAUAUUAAGUUUGAUUUGCCUGACAAUUACUAUUUGUUUCAUUUUUAGGAAUCGAUGUAGAAAAUUAUAGAGCAAUUCAACGAAAAUAUUAAUACUUAUUAUGUUUUCACUCAUUUGUAUUAUAUUAGUAAUAAUUAGUUUAUUUUGUAUAUAAUCUAACAAGAAAGCAUAGAACAUUUUAUUUUCUUGAGGAAUUAUUUUUUUAAGUAUAUUAAGCUUACUUAAUUUUCUAUUUUGGAAAAAAAUUAGUUGUAGGUUCAUCUUAAAGAAAAAAUCUAAAUAUAAUUCGAAUAAUCUUUGGAGUUCUCAUAAUCCUAGAUGUUACUACUUUUAUUAUGUCUGUUAUAGAAGCAAUUUCUAAGUAAUAAAUGUGUAAAUGUAAGUUAAAAUAUAUAAAAUUAGAUUAGAAAUGUCAUUUACAGUUUUCAGAUCUGUUAGCCUAAUCACAUAAAUAGGGUUUCUAGUUGUUGUCUAAAAAUUAAAUAAAAAAUUUUAGUAAAAUUUAUAAAAUCUCCUCAUAAAUGAAUAGUAAACCAAGCAAUAAAAAUCUCAUUUCUUUUAGUUAAAGUAUUGAAUAUUUAUUAAUUUAAAGAAUAUUGUGUUAUAUAAGCCUAAUUGGAUCAGUAAUUUUGUUGAUAGUCAAUUUUUUAUAUAUGAUUUCAGAUGAUUGUAGAAUUAUUGAGCAUUAUGGAGAUGAAGGAUAAAAUCUCUCAGAUUCAUUGAAUGCUUUGGUUCAUGGAAUAGUUAAACUAUCUACAUAUUUUUUGCCAAUUAUUCUAACUUUAGUUUUAUUUAGAACUAAAAAUAAAAAAGAAAUACGAAGAAAUUCUGUUUUUGAAGCUGAAGAUUUAAGUUAUCAGUCCUAUUUUUAAGGAUUAACUUUAUAAAGAUGA